UAAGGCUGAAAAUUAUUUCAAAAGUCAAAUUCGCAAUAAUAACCUCGAGUGAUGUAAAAUAUGUUUUUAUUAGCGCAAUCUUUCUUAGAACGAUGUUUUCUGAGUAAAAAUACAUAAUAUCUCAAUAAUACUACUAACGCCACCUGAGAUGGGUGCUUUAGUAUCGAAGGCUUUGCGUCCUAUUAAAUCUUUCAAUAUAGAAAACCGGGCUCACCAGGUUAUAUCUAAAGAAAAGCCGGAAGUAGCGCCCCGAUAUCCUUCGACGGCUGAAGAGUUAAAAAGGGUGCAUGAAAUCGAUCCGGAGCUCGAUUCGAAACUCGAUAAAAAAGAUACCGAACUAGAUGCUCGGCUCAAAGAUGUUUAUGUAACGUCAUACGGUAAACCAGAAGACGAUGUCACCAAAGAGAAGCAACAGAAAGGCUCGGAGCGACCGCUACCCCAAAACCGCGGUCUCGUACCGGAUUUCGACUUUGGUUUGAUGGAACCUGCGAAGAUUCCAUAUGGCAAAACAACAUUAAGACAUGCCAUAGAUUAUAUAUCAUCUCACCAAGUGAAUCCUGAAGAGGUCACAGCGGCGAAAAUAGCUCACGAAUAUAAAAUGAAAGAGGAAGAUGUAGAAAAUAUUUUAAAGUAUUUUAGAACAUAUGAUGUUUAUUUGCCGGAAACGAAGCAAGCCCCUGCUGUAUUUGCUGGUCCAUCAGAAUUGAAGAAACAGCUAUACAAAUCAGAUGUAAAAAAAAUUGAAGGUAAAAGUAGUACAGAGGAAGAGAAACCGGAACAGAUUAAAAAUAUAUCAAAUUAAUUCAGUCGUAGUUAGUUUAUUAUGAAUUACCUCAGUUGUUGUUAUUUGUAAGAUAAAUAUGAUAAAAAAUACUAGAGACCAUUAAAAUAAUUGUAUUUUUAAAUUUAUGAUUUUUACUUGGGCAAUUUGUAUAAAAACAUUGUUUUUAUGUAAAUAUUAUGCUUUUUUCUUUCUUUUAAAAGAAAAAUUUUCAAAUAAUUAUCCAUUUCUAGUAUCUAUAUUAUUCUUUACAAUUGAUUUCAAUGUAUUAUAGGAGCCCCUAUGAUAAUAUUUAUUUAAUAAUGGCUGGGGAAGGAAUUUGAUCUAGAAAUUGGAUUCUUCAAAGGAUUGUCUUAAAUUGGGACGAGCAGUGCUUACCAAUAUGUAUAUGAAUAAUGUGAUUUAGUUGUAGUAAUAAAUAAAGUUGUUUUG